GCAAGGGAAGGGGAGUAGUCCGCACUCCGAGGAACCUCUGACCCGGUCUGAUGAACCACCAGGAGCAGAACCGAGCCAUGACGAGGUCCUCGCCUCGCGCGUAAUUACGCACACGCUCCGCUUCCACUUUCCGCGUCCCGAAAGGAAUGAUGGAAUCCACGGAGUGACAAUGACGUCCACUCACAAGAUUUCCUUUUCCAUAAUUGAUAUUCUGGACCCGAACAAAUUCAACAGCAAGAGGACAAACGAACUUUCAUKCGCCAAGGAGAAGUUUCCUGCGCCAAGCGCGGGGGGGAUAAGUUUGGAGUGGGACAGCACGGCGGACGGAAACUUAGGGGAUGAGCACACAGAUGCAGGUGAGGAUUCAGGAGAUGAAGACUGCAGGGAUCCCCCCGUUCCUGACCCCAUUCUUCUCUCCCCGCACUCCAACAAGGAGCCCUCAGCCGAGCCACAUGACGGAAASAAGACGACAGAGGCCCCCCCUCAGGAGCCAUCGCCGCACAAGCGGCGGCGUCCGGACCAGGCGUGCGCCAAACCGCGGCGCGCCAGAACCGCGUUCACGUACGAGCAGCUGGUGGCCCUGGAGAACAAGUUCCGCGCAACUCGCUACCUGUCCGUGUGCGAGAGACUGAACCUGGCUCUGUCUCUGAGUCUGACGGAAACGCAGGUGAAGAUCUGGUUCCAGAACAGGAGGACCAAGUGGAAAAAGCAGAACCCCGGGGCGGACAGCACCUUGCAGCCCGGCUCCAACUCCCUGGUCAGUCCGAACCCGGCGACCUGUGGCUCCGGCUCCGGCAGCUUCCAUCAAAGUUUCUCCAACUUCAGCUCCGGGAGUGUGAUCUUCCACACAGGGGGUGGAGUUCCACUUUCAUCCACUGGAGGGCUCCUUCAUCCUUUCAUGCCCAGUGGAUUCGUACAGCCGACUUAUUUUAACUCACACCAUCUAUAAAAAAAAAAGACUGAGAUUUUUAUAUUCCAUCACAAAAUAAUAAUUCUCACUCUAGAGCAUGUUAUUCCCAGAAUAUAUUUCAUGUUUUUUAUAUAUUUUUUCUUAUACUCAAUACAUGUUUUAAUUUAAAUGGUGCACAACAACAUGAAAAUGAAAAAUAAAAUAAGUAACCUAUUUAACAAAAACAGUUAAUUCUGUCAAAGACCCUCUGUCUUUGUAAUUUAAUAACUCGUUUUACAUUUCAGACUGCUACCUCUAAAUUUCUCACAUGUUGUGCAUCUUGUUUUGGUUGUUGUUGCCAUCAUAAUAAAUGUAACUUAAUGAAAAGUAUGUUUCUGCGUGUCGUGGUUCUCUACAAAGUUUUCGAUGCAGGAUGAUUUUU